UUAAAGUUUUUCACGUUGUUCUGAAACAGUUUAACUUGUAUUGACUUGUAAGCUCAACAUUGACGAACUGAUUUUAACCAAAAUGAAAGCUACGAUCGGACUCAUCUUUUUAUUUGCUGUGAUCAAUGUGUCAUUAUCCUUAACGUUACGCGAGUUGGAAUUUAUUAAAGGUUUAUAUCCUCAUGAAGAUAUACCGAAGCUAUUGAUAACUUCAUUGGUAAAUCGACGAAUCGAUCAAGUCAGGACUUUAUACGAAAGAGAAUCGAUUGGCAAAGACGCAAAAACUUUUUUAAAUACUACUAAUCAAUCGUUACAAUUACUUUUGGAAGCUAUGGAUUCAAAUAACACUCAAAUUGGUGACGUUUUAGAAAAUUACUCGCAAAUCGUUGGCAUUAUGGAGGAUGUUAGCCAUAAUAUGGAAGUUCCUAACUUCGAUUACUUGCAUUUGAAUUUACGCUCCAGUUUCGAUAGAGAGGAACUUCAAAAUUUACUGGACGCUUAUAUUGAUGAUAUUGAGAUGGUUCGUAUGUGUGAAGUAUCCUUAGGACGUUCAGACCGAGUGGAUAUGAAUAUUUUUGAUCGUUUAAAAUCAUUGUCCAAUGAGUUGCGAAAUUUCACGUUUUAUAGGGACGACAGAUACUUUACUGAGUCCUACAAUAUUUGUACAAAAACAAUCGAUUUAUGUUUGUGGCAACUAAAAUUCUUGUUGAAUCAAUUCACAGUAAUCUUCAUCAAACCCCAGAUAUAAUUUUUUUGUUUCAUUAUCUACUGCAGUGGCAUAAAAAUUGAAGCAUUAAAUAAAACAAGUGGAACCCACGAUUAUGACUGAUCGUUAGAAAUACGAUAACAAUCAAUUUAUAUAUCUUGCUGUAAUUUAAAUUUAAUGAAAUAAAUCUGUGAGAAUACAAGCAAAAUUUAUACUUUUUGCUGUAUCUCCGUCAGUGUACU